UCCCGCUACAUACCUUACCUUAUCCACCCAUUCAUCCCACCCACAUCCCACACGCUCAGUUGCUCACCCAGGUCGUUCACCUUUCCCGCAACGCAUUCCAAUCCCACUUUCACAUCCACAUAUCCACGCCCACCACACCCAUCACCCAUACCUUAGACCACCGCCCUCGCACUCUUCUUUGCGGCAUUCCUACACCGCAGGCAACCGAGCCAGGUCCGUACUGCCGCCUACCGCUCUGACUGAUUUCGCCCGGCCUCGAUAACCCGCCCUUUCUCGGCACAACCGCAGACUGCGAGCACCUUUGUAUAACCUGCCCAGCUCUUCCCAGCCUUUGUACCUGUUUGUUGCCUCAGCCUUGGGCCAUCGCAGCCUGCAACUUACCAAUCUACCCCUCCACCCAUCAAGUGACUCCCACACCGCGACCGGCGCCCAACGCAGGCAUUCCUUCUCCCCUCGUUUGGAUCUGAUCCUCGUUCUCCCAUCUCCGUCAUCCGUGUCUCACCCGCCUAUACAAUCCAACCCGUUUCCGCCCCCUCGGAAACGCUUCCCUCGCCUCCAUCUGCAGUCGGCACCAUUCCUCCCACUACGCGGAAGAGAAAGGCCGCUGAGGCGACGAUAUCCUCCAAUAACCAAGAAACCGCGACAAAGAAGAGGAUCGCCUCGGCUGCUGGACAGGACGCUCCCCCAACCCCCGUCACCACCGCGAGCAACGGCAUGGAUUCAGAGGAGGACUUCAUGUCGGCUCCCUCGAGCGACGACGAGAUCAUGCAGGAUGACAGCGGCGAGGACAUGUCUGGUCCUGAUGAUUUCGAUGAAGAUGACUUCGAAGACGAGCCCGAGGACCUGGGCAUGAUCAAGGACUCCGACAACAAAAAGAAGGUGGCCUACGACAUCUCAUUCAAAGUCUACGAACCAAAGGAUAUUCAGCGUCAACAGGAUGACAUGAUUGACGAGGUCAACAUGAUCCUGAACAUCCGCAAGGAGGAUGUCGCGAUAUUGUUGCGGCACUUUAGGUGGAACAAAGAACGUUUGAUCGAGGACUACAUGGACGCUCCCAACAAGGUCUUGGAGGCUGCAGGUCUUGGCUCGAACGUGGCUGGCCCGCCCAAGCUUGAAGCCAUUCCGGGUUUCAUGUGUGACAUCUGCUGCGAAGACGAGGAGGGCCUCCAGACCUUCUCUCUUAAGUGCGGCCACCGAUACUGCGUAGACUGCUACCGCCAAUACUUGACUCAAAAGAUUCGCGAAGAAGGCGAGGCGGCUCGUAUCCAGUGUCCGGCCGAGGGCUGCGGCCGCAUCAUCGAUUCAAAGUCCUUGGAUCUGCUUGUUGCAGCUGAUCUCAACUCCCGAUACCACGAGCUGUUAAAUCGGACAUACGUGGAGGACAAGGAGAUCCUGAAGUGGUGCCCUGCGCCCGACUGCCCAAAUGCCGUGGAAUGCGCCAUUAAGAAGAAGGACUUGGACAGAAUCGUCCCCACAGUAGCAUGCGGUUGCGGUCACCGCUUCUGCUUUGGUUGCAUUUUAACUGACCAUCAGCCUGCUCCCUGUGAGCUUGUCAAGCGAUGGCUGAAGAAGUGCGCAGACGAUUCGGAGACUGCGAAUUGGAUAUCGGCCAAUACCAAGGAGUGCCCCAAGUGCAACUCGACAAUCGAGAAGAACGGCGGCUGCAACCACAUGACAUGCCGAAAGUGCAAGCAUGAGUUCUGCUGGAUGUGCAUGGGCCUAUGGUCGGAGCACGGCACGAGCUGGUACAACUGCAAUCGGUUCGAGGAAAAGAGUGGUACAGAUGCGCGUGAUGCCCAGGCCAAGUCCCGCAUAUCGCUAGAACGCUACCUGCAUUACUACAACCGAUACGCCAAUCACGAACAGUCUGCCAAGCUAGACAAAGACAUCUACCAUAAGACGGAGAAGAAGAUGGUCCAGCUUCAGACAGCCUCAGGCAUGUCUUGGAUUGAGGUUCAAUACCUGAACCAGGCCUCACAAACACUGCAAACUUGCCGGCAGACUCUUAAGUGGACCUACGCCUUCGCAUUUUAUUUGGCGCGCAACAACUUGACCGAGAUUUUUGAAGAUAACCAAAAGGACCUUGAGAUGGCUGUCGAGGCCUUGUCAGAGAUGUUUGAGAAGCCCGUCCAGGAGCUUUGUGACAAGAAGUUGAAAGUCGACAUUAUGGACAAGACUUCAUACUGCAAGAAGCGAAGGAUUAUCUUGCUUGAAGACACUGCAGACAACCUGGCCAAUGGACGUUGGACAUUUAACGUAGAUCUUCACGGACCUUCGCCAGUCGGUGCCACAAGCAGUCGUCGUCAGUAGAUCGUGGAUGAUGCGGACCCGGUGGAGCGCGAAUCCGAGGAAGACAGCGACGACGAUUUCAUCUACAACGAGGCCUUGCCUGUCGACAAUGAGGUGAGGCGGUGGCGGCUGCCGUGGUGAAGGAACACGAUUCGCAUGGUUCGUGAGACUCGCGGAUCGCCUUUGGGCUCGGUAUGGAUGUACACAGAAGCAUGGACUCAGAGAGCCACGCAAAAGAUUUGUGGCGUGGGUUUUGAGACGGAAACCUUGGAAGAUGAAGGCAUCAGACCCAGAAACGGAAUCAACAUGGGGAAUGAUCGGCUGUUGCCUCGUGGUCAUCACUUUAGUGUUCCAAGUAUGACGCGAGGUGGGAUUCUUUUUUUUCUCCUCUCUCUUUCAUAGUAAAGGAAGGCAAGGGAAUGACUGCUUGCGCAUCAUGAGCAUUGUGUAUGGUAUAGGUCUUCAGGUUACAUGCCCAG